AUGGCAACUUCGUUAAACGUUAAGGAGGAACAUAUAAAAGAAGAAUUUGCCGAUUUAUUGAUGUGUACAAUUUGUCUUGAAACAUUUAAACAGCCAAAGUAUUUACCGUGUUUACACACGUUUUGUGAGAGCUGUCUAAGUACCUAUAUUGUUUCAACUGUGAAGGAAGAAAAACCAGAGGGAUUCAAAUGCCCAGUAUGUCGUCGACUUGUACCAGUUGGAGACAGUAAGGAGAAUCCCGACACAUGGGCAAGAACUUUGCCUGGGAAUCAUUUUGUAGUUUCAUUGAUUGAUAGGAGAGCAAUGAAAAAAGCCGAGAAAUUUUGCGAUGCUUGUAGCAGUAAAAGUGUUUCUAAAGAGGCAAUAUUAUGGUGUACGGUUUGUGAAGAAGCAUAUUGCGAAACUUGUGAAGCUAAUCACAAAACAUUCAAAGCGACGCGAAAUCACAAGAUAAUACCGAUCAAAGAUAUAAAUGAGGAUAAGUCUAUUUCAAUUGUUUAUGCGUUUGUUACGUGUGAUGAACAUCCAGACAAAACAAUUGAAAUAUACUGCAAGGAUCACUCCCAACCAUGCUGUACUGUUUGUGCAACUGUACACCAUAGAAAAUGUGAACAUGUUGUUACCAUAGAUAAAGCUAUAACCGGAGUUAAAGAGUCUACAAAAGCACAGAAAGUUAUGAAGAAGUUAGAAGAAACAAGUAACAAACUAGAAGGAAUUAUCCAAAAUCGACAUCAAAAUACGACAAAUUUUAAAAAAGAAAUAGACGUUGUCGAAGUUGAAAUUGCAAACAUGCGUAAAAAAUUAAAUGAAAAGUUGGAUAAAGUGGAAAAUGAAAUAAGAGAAGAAGUAAAUAAUACAAGAAAAAGCAAUCUUCUAAAACUAAGUGAAGAGUCUACUGAAUUAUCAGCCCUGAAGAGUACUUUUGAUCAUUGGAAGACUAUAUUCGAGGCUUGUUUGUCACAAGGGUCUGAAAUACAAUGCCUGGUCAAAAUGGAGGAGAUUUUCAGGAAAAUUCCACAGUUCGAAAAUGAUAUCGGUAAGGUUAUACAAGGAAUAAAGGACAUAUCGGUUAAGUUCGAAGCUACGGAUAUUUCAAAUGCUGUUUGCUUUGGUCAUCUUCAAUACAAUGAACAAAGACCGUCUUUUCUUGGAUUUAAAGAUAUUAACUUACAUACUGGAAAGAUAAAAGUUUUGUUUACAAUUGAUAUUACAGGCAAAUUUAUCAGUGGCAUAUUCUUUAACGAUGAUAUCAUUAUCACCGACUGUAAUAAGAACAGGAUCGUUUAUCAUGACAAUACCGGGAAACAAAUGGAAGUAUUGAACAUUUCGGAGGGACCGUUUGAUAUCACUAAAGUGAAUGAUCAGACUGCAGCUGUGUCGUCUGGUGCAAAGAAGAUUUAUAUAAUUAAUGUAAAGCCGUUAACGUUAGUAAAAACAUUAAAUGUCGAUGUUUCUGUAUGGGGAUUAUGUUUGGUGGAGGAUGAGUUCAUAACAGCUAAUCAGAGUAAAACUAUUUCUUGGUUGAACGCUGAAACGGGGUCUAAAAUCAAAGAAUUAACGAUAGGCUACGACCCAAGAUUUGUCACUUGUAACCCAAAAAGUGAGUACAUUUAUAGGAAAGGUGAACACUCUGUUGAAUUUAUAUCAGCUGUCGGGAAAAAUUUCCAAUAUAACCACAGUAAAUUAAAGUAUCCGUUUAACCAGGAAAUUGAUCAAGACGGGAACAUAUACGUUGUAGGAUACGGUUCACACAACAUCCAUCAGUUGUCUCCUGCUGGAGAACUCAUUCGUAUCAUUCCUUUAUCAGAUAUCAACAAUGAAGUUUCACUUCCUUGGGUGAUGCGCUUUAAAAGAAAUACUAACCGGUUUCUUCUAACGUUUCACGCAUCGGCUGGUCCAGUGUUAGUGUGUGAAAUUGAAUAAACUGCAGUUGAUUAACUAAUCUUUGAUUUAUUGAAAAAUAAAAUAUCAGAAAAUGAUCUAUAUCAUUGA